AUGAAUGCACGAAUGGAUUUCACAGACAGAGCUCAAAAGGCCGUGGAAGAUGCCAUGUCCUUGGCUGAACAAUACGCACACUCACAGCUUGCUCCCGUUCACCUGGCUGUCUCGCUGCUUGAACCUCCCGUCGACCUGUCCAAAGAUCAGCAGAAUGCCCCUCCUGGCGCCAUCGCGACGCUUUUCCGGCAAGUUAUCGAAAGAGCCCAUGGCGACCCUCAACUCUUUGACCGAGCUCUGAAGAAGACGCUGGUUCGUCUGCCGAGCCAGGACCCUCCCCCAGAGCAGGUCUCUCUCUCGCCACAAUUCCACGCCGUGUUGCGAAAGGCCAUGGAGCUGCAGAAGGUCCAAAAAGAUACCUACAUUGGCGUCGAUCACCUCAUCACAGCGCUUGCCGACGAGCCCACCAUUCAAGCGACCCUCAAAGAGGCCAACAUUCCGAAGGCAAAGCUGAUUCAAGACGCCGUCCAGGCUAUCCGAGGAACAAAACGUGUCGACAGCAAGACCGCCGACACCGAACAAGACAAUGAGAAUUUGGCAAAGUUUACCAUUGAUAUGACUGCCAUGGCCCGCGACAAGAAGGUCGAUCCGGUCAUUGGCAGAGAAGAAGAGAUUCGCCGAGUUAUCCGCAUCUUGUCUCGCCGUACCAAGAACAACCCUGUCCUUAUUGGUGAGCCAGGUGUAGGAAAGACGACCGUUGUGGAAGGCCUUGCUCAGCGAAUUGUCAUCCGCGACGUUCCCGACAACUUGAAGAACUGCCGACUGCUCUCACUCGACGUUGGAGCGCUCGUUGCUGGCUCCAAGUUCCGCGGUGAAUUCGAGGAGAGAAUGAAAGGUGUCCUGAAGGAAAUUGAGGCAUCUAAGGAGAUGAUUGUUCUCUUCGUCGAUGAAAUUCAUCUGCUCAUGGGCGCUGGCUCAUCUGGAGAAGGUGGGAUGGAUGCCGCCAAUCUUCUCAAGCCCAUGCUGGCCCGUGGCCAGUUGCACUGUAUUGGUGCUACUACCCUUGCCGAGUACCGAAAGUACGUUGAAAAGGACGCUGCCUUUGAGCGUCGUUUCCAGCAGGUUCUCGUCAAGGAGCCUUCCAUCCCUGAGACCAUUUCCAUCCUCCGUGGCCUCAAAGAGAAAUACGAUCGCCACCAUCGUGUCACAAUCAAGGAUAAUGCCCUGGUCGCCGCCGCCAACUUGGCCGCCAGAUAUCUUACCACUCGACGACUGCCUGAUUCCGCUAUCGAUCUGGUCGAUGAGGCCGCUGCUGCCGUGCAAGUCGCUCGCGAGUCUCGACCAGAAAUCAUUGAUUCCAACGAACGCAAGCUGAGCCAACUCAUGAUCGAGAUCGCCGCUCUUGAGAAAGAGCACGAUGAAGCAUCUCAGGCUCGUCUCAUGCAGGCAAAGAAGGAAGCCAGGAAUGUCGAGGAGGAACUCGAGCCACUUCGCGAAAAGUACAAGAACGAAAUCAAGCGAAGCGAGGAUAUUCACAAUGCCAAGGUCAAGCUCGACGACCUGGAGAAGCGCUUGGAAGAUGCUAUGAAUAACGGAGAGCACGCCAAGGCCGCCGACCUCAAGUACGGAGCUAUCCCUGACCAGCAGGACGUCAUUAAACGACUCGAGGUCAAGAAGGCCGCCGCUGAUGCUGCUCUCAACGAAUCCAACGUUGAUGCCGGUGGAUCCAUGGUCACUGACACCGUGGAUGCUGACCAAAUCAAUGAAAUUGUUGCGCGCUGGACCGGCAUUCCUGUUACACGACUCCGCACUUCCGAGAAGGAGAAGCUCAUUCACAUGGAAAGAGCUCUGAGCAAGGUCGUUGUCGGCCAGCGGGAAGCCGUCCAGUCUGUCGCCAACGCCAUCAGAUUGCAGCGCUCUGGUUUAUCCAACCCCAACCAGCCUCCCAGUUUCCUCUUCUGCGGUCCCUCGGGUACCGGUAAGACGCUCCUCACUAAGGCUCUUGCCGAAUUCCUCUUCGACGACAGCCGCGCCAUGAUCCGCUUCGAUAUGUCCGAAUACCAGGAGCGUCACGCGCUCAGUCGCAUGAUCGGUGCACCGCCAGGCUAUGUCGGACACGACGCUGGCGGCCAGCUCACGGAAGCGCUGCGCCGCAAGCCCUUUUCUAUCCUCCUCUUUGACGAAGUCGAAAAGGCGGCCAAGGAGAUUCUGACUGUUAUGCUGCAGCUCAUGGAUGACGGCCGCAUCACUGACGGCCAGGGCCGCGUCGUCGACGCCAAGAACUGCAUCGUCGUCAUGACCUCCAACCUGGGCGCCGAGUACCUCACGCGCCCCGGUACCAAGGAGGGCAAGGUCGAUGCUGCCACGAAGGAGCUGGUGAUGGGUUCACUGCGCAACUACUUCCUCCCCGAGUUCCUCAACCGCAUCAACUCGGUCGUCAUCUUCAACCGCCUUACGCGCAAGGAGAUUCGCAAUAUUGUUGACGUUCGCAUCAUUGAGAUCCAGAAGCGGCUCCAUGACAACGGACGCAACGUCACCAUUGAAGUGUCCGACGAGGCCAAGGACUACCUCGCCAGCGCGGGAUACUCGCCUGCUUAUGGCGCCCGUCCCCUGGCUCGCCUCAUCGAACAGGAGGUCCUCAACAAGCUCGCAAUUCUCAUUCUCCGCAACAGCAUCCGCGAUAAGGAGACGGCGCGUGUCGAGCUGGAUGAUGGCAGAAUCGUCGUGCUCGCGAAUCACCACGACAGUGACCCUGACGAGGACGACGAGAUGAUAGACGAGGAAGACGCUGUCGAUGAACUCGAGAUGGGCGACGAAGACUUUUACGACUAG